AUGAUGAUCCUCAGGGUGGCCUUGGUUUUGGUGGGAAUCGAGAUCGGAAUCGUGUCCGCGAAUAUGGGAUGCGGUUGUGGCCUGCAACUCCCGCAAAUCCCAUUACCAAGACUGUGCAUGAUUCCCAUUCAAAUCCCUUCGAUUCAACUCCCGCAACUUUCUCUGCCAUGUGGAUGUGGAUGUGGUGGUGGAUGUGGAUGCGGUGGUGGAGCUCCACAGCCCUAUCAACCCUCUUACUCUUCAUAUCCGGCUGCUCAACCAGCAUAUCAAAGUGCCCCCUACCAACCCCAAGCUCCUCAAAUCGGCCCCGUCCAAGCAGCUCCACAAUUCGAAGCUCAGCCACCAGCACCCCAACCAAUGUUUCAACCAGUCUAUUCUCAACCCGGAAAUGGCGUGGCCGUGAAAGCGAAAGGAGUCCCAAAUGAGGAGGUA